GUUUAUUUCCAUUGUCCGUAUAGGUGGUUACGACUUGGUGGUAGAUGACCUGCCAAGAACCAACACUACCUCAUUCAAACAAAAAAUGAGCUUUUUAGAGUUAACAGAGCCUUGGGGCAAACCAAGCAAAAACAUUUUUUUCCCUACAUCUAAUGGUGUCCAACAAAAUGCUGCACCAGUGAAUUCUCGAACCGUUCAACCUAUUGUCACAGGUGCUUCCGUAAUUGCAUUAAAAUACGCCGAUGGUGUUAUGAUUGCUGCCGAUAAUCUAGCAUCUUAUGGAUCUUUGGCUCGCUUUUUUGAUGUAGAGCGUCUCACAAAGGUCGGAAACAAUACGAUCGUUGGUAUUGGGGGCGAUGUUUCAGAUUAUCAACAUCUCCAAAGAAUCCUUGAGGACCUUGAGAUUAAAGAAAGCAACCAUGGAGACGGUUAUGCUUUACAACCAUCCCAUAUCCAUGAAUAUUUGUCUAGAGUAUUUUAUGCUCGUCGUAAUAAAAUGGAUCCUUACUGGAAUCAGGCCAUCGUUGCUGGCGUCGAUGGUGAUGAAAAAGAACCCUAUGUAGCUUUUGCUGAUUUACGUGGUAAUACUUAUACUGCACCAGCAAUCGCUACUGGAUUUGCUAUUCAUCUUGCCCUUCCGUUGUUACGUAAGGUGACUGACGAUGACCACUGGAAAACUUUGUCAAAAGAGCGUGCUCGUGCGGCUAUAGAUGAUUGUAUGCGUGUUCUCUACUAUCGUGAUGGAAGAAGUUUGAACAAGUUUAGUGUUGCUACCAUUACAGCGGACGGCGUCGAUUUCCAAACCAAUCAGUCCGUUUCUUCUGAAUGGGCUUUUGCCGAAAAACAAUAUGGUUAUGGCACACAAGAAGUAUAAUUUAGAUAUGAGUUUGUAAUGUCAGAGAAUUAUGAAAGCGAAGAGAAACAAGAUGGUUUGGAUAGCAUAUGAAAAUAUCAAGUUUAGAGUUGACUUUUCGAAAACAAAGAGCAAAUUGUUGUAAAUUACAAGGAAUUAACCACUGCUUAAACCUUUUAUAUCCAUCUUUUCACUUUUCUUUAUUUCAUG